AUGGGCUUCGAAUAUGCCCUCGUGCAUCUCAAGUACACCAUCCCUCCUGGCAUCGCCCUGACUUUCGUUUACUGGCCCUUCCUCCACCGCAUAGACCUGUACAAGGUUGCCUUCCUGGUCUCCAUCGCUGUCGUCUCAACAAUCCCAUGGGACUCAUAUCUUAUCCGGCGCAAAGUUUGGACCUACCCACCGCACGUUAUCGUUGGACCAACCCUGUACUCAAUCCCGGCUGAGGAAGUGUUCUUCUUUAUAAUUCAGACUUACAAUACCUCGCUCUUGUAUCUGCUACUCAGCAAGUUCGUCUUCCAUCCGAGCUACCUGGGCCCCCGGAACAAAACCGGGUCUAACGUUUCAUGGAAUCUGGGACAUUUAGCGAUUGCGAUCUUAAUUGUGGCUGGGGGAGCUUUGGUCUGGAGAGGAAAUGGAGGAACAUACUUGGGAUUGAUCUUAGUAUGGGCAGGACCAUUUGCGCUCCUCCUCUGGUCGCUUUCGUCUCGAUUCCUACUCGAUCUUCCAUACACCAGCACACUUGCGCCAAUUGCGAUUCCCACCUUCUACCUUUGGAUAGUAGAUACUCUGGCCUUGAAGAGAGGGACCUGGACCAUUGAAUCUGGGACUAAGCUUGGCGUACACCUUUGGGAUGGCCUGGAAAUUGAAGAGGCUGUCUUCUUCUUGGCUACCAACACCCUGGUUGUAUUUGGGAUGGUGGCUUUCGACCAUGCUUUGGCGAUUCUAUUAACUUUCCCGAGGCUGUUUCCCACAGUGCCGGAGCUGCCUUCGCCAUUCAUGCUUGUCAAGGCUCUCCUCACCAACGAGACGGAAUAUGACAUGGAAAGGGUCAUUGGGAUCCAGCAGGCUGUGGAAAGACUCAAGAAGAAGAGUAGAAGUUUCUAUCUCGCCAGCUCCGCAUUUUCGGGGCGGCUUCGGAUUGAUCUCAUCAUCCUCUAUUCUUUCUGUCGAGUUUCCGAUGAUCUAGUGGAUAAUGCGAGCUCGGAAGUUGAAGCACGACAGUGGAUCGUGAAACUCACUCACUAUCUGGAUAGAGCCUAUGUUUCCAAGGAGGCCAAAAUCGUCCAAAAACAACCAAGUCUCCACUCGUACAUCACGGAAAACUUCCCGGAAUCUGCACAACGGACUUUGCGCCUCCUUUCGACUCAUCUCCUCUCUUUUGGACCCCUCUAUGAUUUGCUGGAAGGGUUCAAGACUGAUCUCAAGUUCCCCGAAAAGGACUCUUCCAAAGCAGAUCGGAAGUUCCCCAUCGAGGACGAGCGGGAUUUGGAUGUCUACGCAGCACGAGUCGCUGGAACCGUGGCAGAGCUAUGUCUCGAGCUGGUCUUCUUCCAUAGCUACAACAAAACUACGCCGGCUCAGCAAGACCACUUAGUGCGUGCUGGAAGUAGGAUGGGAAUCGCAUUGCAGUAUAUCAAUAUUUCUCGCGAUAUUGCAACAGAUGCAGCCAUGGGGAGAGUCUACCUCCCAACAUCUUGGCUCAGAGCAGAUGGGCUUAGCCCGGAGGAUAUUGUGAAAACACCGGAUCGCCCGGAAAUAGAGGCACUGAGAGGGAGACUACUGGAGAAGGCAUUUAGCGUUUAUCGAGAAGCAAUUGGUGCCAUAUCUCAGCUCCCGGUUGAUGCGCGGGCUCCCAUGAGGGUAGCGGUGGAGAGUUACAUGGAAAUCGGUAGAGUGCUGUCUGAGAAGGAAUAUCGAGCAAAAGAAGGGAAAGCUACGGUCCCGAAACUUCGGAGACUAAGGGUAGCUUGGAGCGCUUUGAAUGGUGGGUAA